UUAAAGAAUUUUAAUGAUCAAAUGAAAAAAAAUCUAACAUCAUCCGAAACAUUAUUAUAUCAUGGUUAUAUACCACCGGUUAAUCAUCUUGAAGAUCCAAUUAAUAAUAAUGAUAAAUUACAAGAACCUACCACCGAAUCUUAUUAUUCAUCUAUUUAUAAUGAUAUUUUAAAACAAAAUGAUUCGGAACAAAAUAUUGGCAAUGAUGAUCAACAACAACAACAACAACAAACAACAAAAGAUCCACCUGAUUCAAUACAAGAUCUUUUAGAACCAGCUGAAGCAAGAAGUACAAAUCCUACGGAAGAAGAUGAUCCAUCGGAAGAUAAUCGAUCGAAUCCACAACCAGAUGAUGAUGAAGAUUUUGGACCCGAUCCAAUCGAUGAAGAUGAUGGUAACAAUGAUGAUAAUAAUAAUGGUGAAAAUAAUAAUGGUAACAACGGUGAU